AUGCUGGCGCGUGCGCGCCCGUGUGUGGCGCCGCGCACGUUUGCGACGAGCGCCGUGUCGCGCAGCACCGUAGAGCUCUCGUACGAGGUCCAGGAGCCGCCGUCGACCGACCGCCCCGUCGCACAGCACACCAAGGGCCUCGUCGUGUGCCAUGGUCUCUACGGCUCGAAACAAAACUGGCGCACGAUCGCCAAGGCGAUGGCCAAGGACUAUGGCGUGCCGGUCUACUCGCUGGACCUGCGCAACCAUGGCGCAUCGGCGCACACCGACUCGAUGACGUACGCGGAAAUGGCUGCGGAUGUCAAGCGCUUCUUUGACGAGCAGUCGCUCUCGGACAUUGCGCUCAUCGGCCACUCGCUCGGCGGCAAGGUCGUCAUGUCCAUGGCACUCGACCCCGAGCUGCGCAAAGACGCUCUGUCACACCUCGUCAGCGUCGACAUGUCGCCCGCCCAAGGCGCGAUCUCGUCCGAGUUUAUGGAGUACGCACGGGCGAUGCUCGAGAUCGACAAGGCGAACGUCACGUCGCGCAGCGAGGCCGACAAGAUCCUCGAAAAGGUCGAGCCGGAGCUGUCUAUCCGCCAGUUCCUCCUGACGAACCUGAAGCGCACCGAGGGGGCGAUGCACUUCCGCAUCCCGGUCGAGACGAUGAUCAAAAGCCUCGACGAGAUUGGGCGCUUCCCGUACGCCCCGGGCAAGGACGGCGAGGCGCCCGAGCGCCAGUGGGACGGCCCCACGCUCUUUAUCAAGGGAACCAAGAGCAAGUACAUCAACAAACACAACAUUCCUUUGUGCAAGGCGUACUUCCCGCACAUGGAGCUCGUCGAGAUGUCGACCGGGCACUGGUGCCAGGCGGAGCAGCCCAAGAACUUUAUGGAUAUCGUGCGCGACUUUAUCCUCAAGGCCUAA